AUGGUCAACUCUUCGACUAUUCCUUUGUGGACUUCUCCGCCUAGCAAUGACCCCGAAAUGGAGCGUCAUGAUUUUACGGGCCAUGAUCCUCAUUUUACCCAAACGAUUGGCAUAAACACAUCCGCUCCCUUAUCUCAAUCUACCCAGGUCAUCCGUGAUGGUGCAAUGGAGUCCAUGUUGUCUUUCGAUGAUGCCAUGGCUCCUGAGCUCAAAGAGUUGGACGAGACUGACUGGCUCAUCGAGCUCUCGUCUCAAGACCGUAUGUUCCUCGAAGAACUGGCUGAACUGUUUCGUCUCGAUGAUCCCUCGCUGCACCAGGCUGUCACCCCUUCUGAGGUGGAGCCCCCUGUCGGCGGCACACGCCCUACUCAGAACAUCAUGCCGUGCGGCUCGGGAGAUGCCCCUCGGGAUGACCCAGGGUCUUGCACUGCUGGGAGCGAAAGCACACCAAGCAUUAAAUUUGCCUUGGGACGACUUUUCGACGGCCGGUUUCUCGUUCACGAUGGAGGAUCCAAGCAGCAUGGAAGCGCCGACGUCGACAUGUCUGCACCAUCCCUCGCCCUGACGAAAUCGCCCUUUUCUGCGGGCCAAUCGACGGCUCAGCUGACUGAGGCGUAUCCUCUCUCCCCGUUCCCAAUGGGCCCAGUCAUGGACAAUCAACACGACACCCAAGGCCAUGAAACUGACACUGUAUCCCUCCACAUUAGCUCUCGGCUCGAACAGCGGCUUGAUACGUCUGUUUGUGAUGGCGGAGUCGAUGCCGCAAUACCACCCCUUAACAGGACCGGCGUCACCGAUGACAACAUGAGCGAAACCCAGACGCCGUCACUGGAGCUCAAGCUGGAGGAUCAGGAGUCCGCAGAUGCAGGUACGCUGGUAUCCAAAUAUGAUGCCUGGGAAUUUAUUUCCAACAACGCCACGGACAACCAUCAAGUCACGAUUACCCCCACUCGAAAAGAGUUGAAAAGGAGGAAGGCCAGUCUCGACCCCGAACGGCAGCGACUCGCCGCCAGAAAAGCGACUAUGCACCAAAGACAUGCCCAGACCCCACGGCUCCCUCCGGCGGUACAUCAGACAUAA